AAUAUACAGAUCAUGAGAAACAUAAAUUGAAUAUGUAAGUAUAUUGAACAUUAAAAAAGAUGAACAAAUGUUUAAUUGAAUUUAUUAAUAGUAUUAAUGAUUGUCAGCCAUAGCAGAUCUAUUUAUAUGAUACUUCACUUCAGGGUAUGUAUGUAUUCUGUACGACACUGAUAGAAGCAGUACGACGUUUUAUUUUGAUAACAUACACAAGUGACUGUGAGAGUCGAGUAUUUAACUCGUAAAUUUUUCAUACCAAUGUAACUGUUAUAAAUGUGUUUAAAUUAUCUAAUAAGUGACAAAUUCUAGUGCUGAUAAUAUCAAUAAUUCAUUGUUAUCUUCAGUAUUUUUUUUUUUUGAAAAAAGAUCAAACAGUUAUUCAGAUCGAGUAAAUACAGAAACAGCGCAGUUGAACAAACUACAACAAUGAACGUAACUUAUUAUCAACAAUUUUUAGAAUAUUCUUCUCAAAUUAAAAAUUUAGGAAAGUUUUUAUAUAUUGUUAAUCCUUAUGAAACAACAUUCGAAUUCUUGGCGGAAGUACCUGAUUAUCAACAACAAAUAUGGAUCCCUUUUUUUAUCCUCAUUAUUCUGGAGCAAUUAAUACUUUUUAUAAGAAAAAAAAGUUCAUUCAGAUUAAAUGAUCACAUAACUUCACUAUCUCACUGGAUUCUCCAAGAAUCCGGACGAAUUUUCUUUUUAGGUGCAGAGUAUUAUGUUUAUAUUCAUAUUUAUAAUGAAUAUCGUAUUUGGAGUCUCCCAUGGAAUUCACUGUGGACAUGGUACAUCACUGUUAUUGGAGUAGAUUUUUGUUAUUAUUGGGUCCACCGUGCAAAUCAUGAAAUUCAUCUUCUGUGGUCACAACACCAAGUACACCAUAGCAGUGAGGAAUUCAAUCUUGUGGUUGGAUUGCGGCAAUCUAUCAUGCAACAGUGGUGCAGUUUUAUGUUCUACUUACCCCUUGCACUCUUCAUACCACCAUCGCAUUUUAUUACUCAUCAUCAAUUGAAUUUAAUUUACCAAUUGUGGCUCCAUACGACACUUUUUAAUCAUCUUGGUCCUUUGGAGUAUAUUUUCAAUACUCCAAGACAUCAUCGAGUCCACCAUGGUUGCAACAUUUAUUGUUUAGAUAAAAAUUAUGGCGGAGUAUUUAUUAUAUGGGAUAGAAUGUUUGGAACAUUCGCUGAAGAACAAAUUAAAGAGGAAAUUAUUUAUGGCCUAGUAGUAAGUCCACAGACAUUCAAUCCAAUAUAUCUUCAGGUUUUCUACACGAAAAUGAUGAUUGAAAAAUGCUGCAAUAUGAGAACAAUUACAGAUAAAUUGGCAGCUAUUUGGAAAGGACCUAGUUGGAUUCCUGGAUUGCCAAGACUGGGUCUUGAUAAGUACAAAAUACACGUAACUUCUAGAAUUAAAUAUAAUCCAUCCAUACCUAAAUGGCAAUAUUUUUAUAUAAUUCUUCAUUUUUGCAUUAUUCUUCAUCAACACUUUAAUAUAUAUAACAAUGAAGAUUGUAAAUUAUUGAUAAUGAAUAAUAUACUUUCAUUAACUACAAUAGGUCUAUUAUUUGAUCGCUCCAGUUAUGCAAGUAUUCUUGAACUCAGUCGAUGCAUACUUCACAUUCUUUGCACUGUCAAUCUAGAUUUAGUGUUUUAUAUUCAUUUGUUAUCAUGUUUUAUAUGGAUUGUGCAUAUCAUUUAUGAAAUGAGACAGCUAAGGUAUUAAGUGAUUUGAUGUAAAUUCAUCUUAAUAUUUUUCAUAUGCUCAAAGUUUUAAAUGUCUGAUAUAGUUAUAACGAAAACUUCAAUUUUAACAUUUAUUCAUUCAAAAUAAGAUACACUGAGAGGAAAUUUAUUAUUAACUAAAUAUUUCAUUUUAUUUAUCAAAUAUUUUAAGGAACAAUUAUUUAUUAAUUAUUAAUUUAAACAACUCUUUUAGAAUUGAAUACAUUUCUCUCAGUGUAAAAUUUGAAGAUUUCGUGUGAUGUAAGUUAA